AUGCGAAACAAAAGGGGUCAAUACCCAAAUCUUUUCUGUGAAUUCCAUAAAGACACAUGCCACUUAACCGACGAUUGCUUCAGCCUAAAGCAGGAAAUAGAAAGGGCCUUAAAAGACGUAAAGCUCACUCAUCUGGUAAAAGGUGGAAAGCGCGACUACCGCCAGAUUCAAAGAAGAGAAGAAGGGCCAGAAAACAAGAAACUACGGAAAUUAGAAACCCACAUGGUUCAAGGGGGUCCACGAAGGCCGAGAAAAAAUUAUAACAAGCGCACACAAGAUGACUCAUGGCGCGAAAGACAAGUUGUUUUCCCUAUUGUAAGAGGAGGCCCAAGAGAAAGAAGACCCAUAGUCAUAUCUGGGGUGAUCGGUCACUACCAAACUGACUACAUUUUCAUCGAUCCAGGGAGCACUGCAGACAUCAUAUACGAGCAAUGUUUUAAUCAAUUCGACCAAGAAGACAAGGCGCGCUUGGAACCAGUUGACUACCCGUUAACUGGUUUCUGCAACGAAGCCGUCUUUCCUUUCGGACAAAUAUCAUUCCCGGUGCUACUCUCAGAUUGA